UUCUUGCUACCACAAAUCACAACAACCACCUUCAAAUACACAUACACCAACCACACGCACAAACGCAACAACGCACACGCCAACGCCAGCAUGCCGAAGAAGCGGAGCAGCAAAGGGAGGCUGGAGGAGAUGCUGGAUAGCCGCCGGCGGGCCGAGCAAGGGAAUGGCUCGCGGGGCUCUCACUACCGUGGAGGGAGGGAGGAUGAUGGCACCCGCACUGGCUUCCAGAACAACGGCAGGGACGGCAACAUGUUUGUCAUGGAGGAGCAGCCGUUCUCCUCGUCACGCACCCACGACAAUCCGUUCACCUCAACAACAGCGGGGGCGUCAAGCAGGAGCAGAGGCAGCAACAGAAACAGCGGCAGCCGCCCGCGUCGGCACUCGCUGACGGCGCAGCUCAACGCAAGCAUUGACCUCGGCACGGGCCGCCGUACCAGCAAGGUGUCUGUAAACGGCGCAGACGGCUUGGGCCCUGGCGAUGACGAUGAAGAUGAUGACGAGAUGAUCCUCUUGGCCGAGGAACCGGAGCACGACCCUGUUUUGCACAGACACAGGUCGUUCUCGCCAGGCAUCCUUGGCCGUCUCGGCAUUGGCAGAGACGCUAGACCAGACUUCCGUUAUGAUGACUACUCGACUAUUGAUUGGGCACGUGACACCGCGUUGGAACUCAAGCGAAAGAAGGAGUCCGUCAGGUUUCAAGGGUACAUAUCGCAGGCGUGGGACGCUGCAUCUGGAUGGGUUCUUAUGGGCGCCAUCGGUGUCCUGUGUGGUGUCUUCGCAGGCUUCAUUGACAUUGGCGCCGAGUGGCUGUCAGACAUCAAGGAGGGUGUGUGCCCGCGUGCGUUCUGGCUGAGUCGCAAGCACUGUUGCUGGGCAGAGGAGUUGGCAGAGCAGCGCGACACGUGCGAGCUGUGGAAGUCCUGGGGCGAGAUGGCCGGCUACAGCAUCGAGGAUGACGCGCGUCUUGCCGGCGCAAGCUUCGCUGUUCGCUACUUUGCCUACAUGGGUUGGGCCGCGUUGCUUGCAGGCAUUUGCGCCCUUCUUGUUGUGCGUAUUAGCCCAUACGCUGCCGGCUCCGGUAUCCCAGAGGUGAAAACGAUCCUGAGCGGCUUCAUCAUCCGCGGGUACUUCAGCCUAUGGACGCUGGCGGUCAAGGCGCUGGGCAUGGUCGCGGCGGUGGCGGCCGGCCUGAGUCUCGGGAAGGAAGGUCCGCUCGUCCAUGUCGCCUGCUGCUGCGGGAACGCCCUCUCGUAUCUCUUUGCAAAGUACCGUCUCAACGAAGCAAAGCGGCGAGAGGUUCUGUCUGGCGCGUCGGCUGCGGGCGUGUCUGUUGCGUUCGGCGCCCCCGUCGGCGGCGUGCUCUUUAGCCUCGAGGAGGUGAGCUACUACUUCCCGCACAAGACGAUGUGGCGCUCCUUCUUUGCCGCCAUGGUCGGCGCCGUCGUCCUCUCAAACCUCAACCCGUUCCUCAGCGGCCACCUUGUGAAGUUCUACGUUGAGUUUGACUAUCCCUGGCACUGGUUUGAGCUGAUCCCCUUCAUCAUCAUCGGCGUUUUUGGCGGGCUGUAUGGGGCAUUCUUCAACCGCUUCAACCUCAACUGGUGCUCCUUCAGAAACCAAUCGGCUCUUCGAAAGUAUGGGAUCACGGAGGUGGUGUGUGUUGCGCUUGUGACGGCGCUGCUGAGUUUCCCGAAUCGCUUCACGCGCUCCUCUGCUGCCGACACCAUCGCCGCCCUCUUCAGCGAGUGCGCACCAGGCAGCGUCGACCCGCUGUGCGAUGACGACCGGUCCAUCAUCAUGGGGGAUCUCCUGCUCGCGUGCGCAUUCAAGGCGCUCAUCACCAUCUUCACCUUCGGCAUCAAGGCGCCUGCUGGGCUGUUUAUCCCAACCAUGUUUGUUGGGGCGACGUUUGGACGCGUCAUUGGCAUGGUCGUGGAGGACAUUGUUGCUUCACACGAGAGCGUCUCGAUGAUUGCCAACGCCUGCCCAAACCCCGACACGUGCAUCACACCAGGGCUGUACGCCAUGGUGGGCGCGGCUGCCACGCUGGGCGGAGUCACGCGCAUGACAGUGUCACUGGUUGUGAUCAUGUUUGAGCUGACGGGCGGCCUGACAUACAUUCUUCCACUCAUGCUCGCUGUCAUGAUCAGCAAAUGGGUUGGCGAUGCCUUCAACCGGGACGGCAUCUACGACCGCCACAUCCGGCUCAAAGGGUUCCCGUUCCUGGACACCAAGGAGGAGUUUUCGUUUGCGACGCGCGCUGUUGAUGUGAUGCAGCCGCCUGUAUCUGCUGACGAACCGCCAGUUGUUCUUCCCUGUGACGGGCUCACCGUCGCUGGUCUCGAGGACAUUAUUCGAAACCACACGUUUACCGGCUUCCCGAUUGUGAACAACCGCCGUGACAUGCUCCCGCGGGGAUACCUCAUCCGUAGUGAUGCGCUCGACGCACUGGCCGAGUACAAACACGACCCGGAUUGCGACAUGUCGGCGCCCGUGCAGUUCUUUGAAGACGAUGCUGAAGAAACUUCAUUCUCUCGCGCUGUCGGUGACGCAAUGCCAUCCGAACAGGCCCUCGACGUCACAGCAGCCGUGCACAGGGACGUGUUCCAAGUCUCGCACACGAUGGUGAUGCCCACGGUGAUUGAGCUCUUCCGGCGCAUGGGGAUUCGCCAAGCCAUCGUCAUGCGUGAAGGGCGACUGGUUGGGAUCCUGACCAAGAAAGACGUGAUCAAGCACAUGCAUGUCAUGACGGCACGACACGCCAAUGUGCAAUAUCACUGAUGACACACACGCACACACAGACUGCACACGCUGUUCAGGCGCGCGCAAGCUCCAGCCCAUGCAGCCGGCACUGGCUGUGGAAGUGAUCCAUGUCAAUGUACGCGCCAACCUGUAGUCGUGGUUGGUGCCGUUGUUCGUGUGUAUUUGGUGUAAAUUUGUGUGUGUGUCAAUGUGUGCGUGCAAUGUGUGUGUGUGUCAAUGUGUGCGUGUGUCAAUGUGUGCGUGUAUUGUGUGUGAAGAUAAUCAAUCUGAGGUUGGUGUGUAUCGGUGUGGCAUGUGUGAAAUGUGCGAGUCUGCCCGUGCAUGUGCGCGCGCGUGUAAUAUGCAUCAAGCGGCAACGGACAAGCCCGUGCGUUGUGCACGUUGAGUGUGCUGUUGUGUUCCUUGGAGUGGGUAGGAUGUUUGUCCCAAACGAAGCGAGUGCAGGUGUGCACGGGUGCAUUAUGUGCUGCUUUCUUCAGCUUAGGUCGAGUCAAACAAAUAGAAAGUAACGUGCAGA